AAUUUAGAAGGGACCGAAAAGAACUUGUUGCACAAUGGAAGAAUCUGACUCUGAGAAAAAAAUGGAGAAAGAGAAUAUGGGGUCAAGAAUGGAUCCUCCCAUAUGGGAACCAGAAGGAUCGCUUGGAUGGGUGCUACCAAACACAGCUAUGAAGAAAAAGGUAAGAAGUGUUAGUCCAAUCAGAAACAUAAAGGUAAAGCACUUCUUUUCAUUUUUGUUAGUACUAGACCGUUUACAUAGUCUUCAAAUUAAUAGCAGUUUGAGCACCUACUCUCUCGUAGACUCUGUUGGAAAUACAAAGACAUUUGACGUAGAACAUUCUCAUGUUCGAUUUCUGGGUAAUCUGGUAUUGAACCUGUGGGACUGUGGUGGAGAGGACACCUUCAUGGAAAAUUAUUUUACUAGCCAGCGAGACAACAUCUUUCGAAAUGUGGAAGUUCUGAUUUAUGUCUUUGAUGUGGAGAGCCAUGAACUGGAAAAAGACAUGCACUAUUACCAGUCAUGCCUGGAGGCCAUUCUGCAAAACUCUCCAGAUGCCAAAAUCUUUUGCUUGGUGCACAAAAUGGAUCUAGUACAGGAGGAUCAAAGGGACCUGAUUUUUAAAAAGCGAGAAGAAGAUCUUAGGCGUUUGUCUCGCCCAUUGGAAUGUUCUUGUUUCCGAACAUCUAUCUGGGAUGAAACUCUCUAUGAGGCUUGGUCCAGCAUUGUUUAUCAACUGAUUCCCAUUGUUCAGCAGCUGGAAAUGAACCUAAGGAAUUUUGCUGAAAUUAUUGAAGCUGAUGAAGUGAUUCUAUUUGAAAGAGCUACAUAUCUGGUGAUUUCUCAUUAUCAAUGUAAAGAACAGCAUGAUGCCCACAGAUUUGAGAAAAUCAGCAACAUUAUUAAGCAAUUUAAACUGAGCUGCAGCAAAUUGGCUGCUUCCUUCCAGAGCAUGGAAAUCAGGAACUCUAAUUUUGCUGCUUUCAUUGACAUCUUUACAUCCAACACUUAUGUGAUGGUUGUGAUGUCUGAUCCAUCCAUUCCUUCUGCAGCUACUCUGAUCAAUAUCCGCAAUGCCAGGAAGCACUUUGAAAAGCUGGAAAAAGUGGAUGGACCAAAGCAGUGUCUUCUUAUGCAUUAAACAGUGUCAAAUGUUUCUGAAAAAAUUGAAAUACUGUUUC